AUGGCGACGCGAGUGGCGACGCGAGUGGCGACGCGAGCUGCGCGUGCUCCACGUGCUCCACGUGCUCAGCGGACGACGGCGCCGGGCAGACGAGGUGGACGAGGCGGAGGGUGGCGCGGAGCCAAGAGCAACUGGAAGAAGCGCGGUUGGAGGAUUCCUUCCCGAGUUGCAAAGGAGGAAGAAGGUGAUGCUGAGCCGGUGGAUGAGAGUCAAGCGGCCAAGGAGGAGCCGUUGCGCCCGGAGCAGCUCACGCCCGAGCAGCGCCGGGCGGCGGAGCGCGCUUUGGGGGGCGAGAACUUGUUCCUCACGGGAGCCGCAGGGACUGGGAAAAGCUUCUUGCUUCGCUACUUGAUACAGGAAUUGGAGCAACGGUUCCCAGAGCAGGUGGCAGUGACAGCCUCGACUGGUGUCGCUGCCUCGCACUUGGCAGGGCAAACCCUUCACAGCUUCGCGGGCUUUGGAGUGGAGACUGCCCCGGUGAAGGCCUUGAAGAAGGUCAAACAGCAGUCUGCGGCGGUCAAACGUUGGGAAGAGACACGCGUGUUGAUCAUUGAUGAGAUCUCCAUGGUGGACGCUCACCUCUUGGAUCUGGUCUCCAGCGUGGCCUCGAGCGUCCGGAAGAACCGCGAUGCGUUCGGGGGCCUGCAGGUGAUCUUCUGUGGAGACUUCCUCCAACUGCCACCGGUGCAGGAGCGUGGCGCACGCUCGACGAAAGCCUUUUGCUUUACGGCGAAGGCUUGGCAAAAGGCCAACCUGCAUGACGGCACUGUCUUGCUGCGCGAUGCCGUUCGGCAGCAGGGCGACGGCGCCUUCGCAGAGGUCUUAAAUGAGAUGAGACUAGGCAUUGUGUCAGCGAAAGCGAAGGCCAUGCUGACCAGAUGCAAUGUCAAGGUGAAGCCGUCACCGAGGGAUGGCAUCAUACCCACGAAGCUCUAUUGCCUGAAUCGUGAUGUCGACAAGGAGAACGCCAAACGCUUGGCCCAGCUGCCAGGCGAAGCCAUGAAUCUCUUGGCCCGUGAUCGGCUCCCCCGGCGCGUGAGCGCGCAGCAGAGAGUGGCUUUGGAUCGGAAGGUGCCUUCACAACUCAGCUUGAAAGUUGGUGCCCAGGUCAUUCACCUGAAGAACGACCCAGCUUUGGGGCUGGUGAAUGGCCAUCGAGGCUGCGUCGAGGGCUUUGAAGAUGGAAAGCCCGUGGUGCGUUUCGACCAUGGGAAGAAAGUUUGUAUUGGAGUGCACAGGUUCACCCAAGGACAAGGAGCUUCGCGCCUGGAGAGGUUCCAAGUUCCGCUGAAACUCGGAUGGGCACUGACUGUACAUAAGGCACAAGGGAUGACCCUGACUCGCGCAGAGCUUCAGCUGGACAACGUCUUCGAGGCAGGUCAGAGCUAUGUCGCCCUGUCGCGGCUCACAGGGACACAGGGGCUUUGGAUCCGUGGUGCUGCACAAUUGGAAAGCUCUUGUCGUGCCCAUCCGGAAGUCUUGAGCUUCUACCAGGAAGCUGAGCACCGGAGCCGCAGAGCUUCCUCGGCGUCCGUGAGAGCUUGGGAUGAGAUGACGCCUGUCAAGACUGAGGUCACUGUCACCGCAAAGCAAAAGACUGAAUCGCAGCCGAAGGAUCCCCUGGAAGCUGCGACCCUUCGAGCACUGCCAGGACCUCAGGGCAAGAGACCACCGGUCACAGCAGUCACCGCAGCAGUCCCACGAGCACGGUCCUCGCUGCUGGAGCGUCUCUCCAAGAGGACCUUCUCUCCUGGGCACGGGGAAGUUGGUGGCAAAGAUUCACCGGCUCCAAAGAAGGCCAAAGGCAGCCCAACGCGGUGGGUAACUCCACUGAAACAUUGGUGUGAUCCAAUUAAUAUUGAUUGA